AUGGUGAUAAAAAUGCAAGGUCAGAGUGUCCAUACUUCCUGUGACAUCCCCCUAGCUGCGUUCUAUAUGACAACACCGAGUUAUCAAGGACUUGUCACUCUUGAGCGUGAACGUGCCCGAGUUGUAGAUGAACAAUAUGAUUAUAUAUUUGCGGGUUACAAAAAAGUCGCGGAGCUGCAGAAUGAGAUGACAAAUUCGAAAAGCCUGAAUGAACGUUUACUGACUACAAUUACCAAUGAUAGAAAAGAAAUAGAUGGGUUGAAAAACAAAUUGAUAAUGUGUGAUGAUGCCAAUAACAAAUUGCUUGAAACAAUCACUUCAGAUAAAAACAAGUGGAUUUCUUAUGAGAAAAAGAUGAAGAGUACAAUUUCAGAGUUAGGGCAGGGAAAAAACGAGUUGGAAAAUGAUUUGAAAAAAUCCAAUGAUGUGAUUAUAGGAACUGAAGAUAGGAACUUGUGGGAUGCUUCCAAGACAAAACUGGAAGAGACAAUUGUGGAGGUACAAACUAAGCUUGACACUGUAGUGAAGGAAAGAAAUGUAUUGAGCCAGAAACAUGAGGACUUGUACACUAGCUACAGAAAUGACAAAAAUGAAUUGAAAAAAUGCAAUGAUGGUGCUAUGAAAUUAAAAGCAAAGAUGGCUGAGGAUAAGGGAUUGUGGGAUUCGUGUAGGGCGAAUUUGAAAGGAAAAGUUGCACAGCUACAAAAUGAGAUCCUUGACGAAAGAAAAUCUAGCCAGAAACACCAAGAAUUGUUGACUAAAUUGAGGCAAGAAAAAAUUGAGAUAGAAAAUAAGUUCAUAAAAAUCAAUGAUACUACUAAGAAAUUGAAUGCAAAGAUGACUGAAGAUAAGCUGUUGUGGGAUUCUUGUCAGGAGAAGUUGGAAAAACAGGUUUCAGAGCUACAAAAUGAGCUUAAUGAAGCAAGGGUAUUCAGCCAAGGACGUGAAGAACUGUGCAGUGAGCUGAGACAAGCAAAAACUGAUUUGGAAGAAAAAGUUUUACAGCUCGAAGGUGAUCUUAAUGAAGCAAGAAUUUUGAUUAAGAAACAUGAAGAAUUGCGCUCUGAAUUAAUGAAAGAAAAGAACGAAAUGCAAAAUAAGGUAACAGAAUGCAAUGAUGAGACUGAAGAAUUGAAGGCAAAAUUGGCUGAACGUGGGUUCUUGUGGGAUUCUUCUAAGACAGAGUUGGAAGCCACUGUUGCAGGGCUGCAAAAUGAGCUCAAAGAAACAAGAUUGUUGAGCCUGAAACAUGAAGAAGUAUGCAUUCAACUAAGGCAUGAGAAAACAAAAUUGGAAGACGAGUUGAAAGACUUGGACGAUACGAAUGAGGAAUUACAUGCCAAAGUGACUGAAAAUGGUUGGCUUUGGGAUACUUGUAAGGCGAAUUUAGAAGGUACAGUAAUAAAGCUGCAGAAAAAGCUUAAUGAAACAAAGAUUCUGGCCCACAAUAAUCAAGUCUUAUACAAUGAAAUAAGUAGAGCAAAAAGUGAGAUGGAAACUAAUUUUCAUCAAUCCAUCAAUGAAGCUAAACAAUUAAAGGAUAAAAUAGCUGAAGAAGGGCACUUGUGGGAUAUAUCUAAGCGAGAAUUUGAAGUUACAUUUGCAAAACUGCAAAAUGAGCUUAAUGAAGCGAGAAUGUUAAGCCAGAACCAUGAAGAUUUGUGUACUCAAUCAGAACAGGAAAAAACUGAGUUGGAAAAUAAUCUUAAUCAAUCUAUUAAUGAAAUUCAGCAAUUAAAGGAAAAAUUGGCUGAAGAUAGGCACAAGUGGGAUAGUUAUAAGAGAGAAUUUGAAAUUACAAUUGCAAAACUGCAAAAUGAGCUCAACGAAGCGAGGAUGCUAAGCCAGAAGCAUGAAGAUUUGUGGUCUCAAUCAGAACAAGAAAAAAAUGAUUUGGAAAAGACUCUUAUAGGGCUACAAAAUGAACUUGAUGAAACAAAGAUUUUGACAGUGAAAGACCAAGAGCUGUGUAAGGUGCUCAGAGAAGAAAACAAUCGGAUAGGAAAUAAGUUGAAACAAUGCAGUGACAGUAUUGGGAAAUUAAAUACAAAAAUUAAAGAAGACCAGCUAUUGUGGGUUUGUAAUAAGGAGGAUUUGGAAAGCAGAGUUGCAGUUGUGCAGUAUGAGAAAGAGACAUUGAUCCAGGAAUAUAAAGCUCUGUGGGCCCAUUUAAGAGAUGAAUAA